UUGUCGAAGUUGUCACAUAAAAAAUAGAAAAGUGAAUGCGGCGUUUCUCAAGUUUUUACCUGAAUAAAUACAAACCGAGAUUCAAUCAAUAUCAUUCCUCUUUAGUAAAUCUCAACUAAAAUGGUUAAACUUACGCCGGAUCUGAUUAAUCAAUCAAUGCAGUAUAUGAAUCCCUGUCGGGAUCGUGAAUUAGAUCUACGCGGAUACAAAAUACCACAAAUCGAAAACAUGGGAGCAACGUUGGAUCAGUUUGAUACGAUCGAUUUUUCGGAUAACGAUAUUCGCAAGUUAGAUGGAUUUCCACAUUUACCUAGACUGAAAUGUUUACUGCUGAACAAUAACCGGAUUGUGAGAGUUAUUGAUACUCUGCAUGAAUCGUUGCCAAAUUUGGAAAGCGUAAUACUGACGGGAAACAACGUUCAAGAGCUUGGAGAUUUAGAACCGCUCACAAAACUGCCCAAGUUGCAAACCCUCUCGUUGUUGACGAAUCCCGUCUCAACGAAACAGUAUUACCGAGAAUAUGUGGCUUUUCGGUUUCCCAAUUUGCGGCUGUUGGAUUUUAGAAAAAUCAAAUUGAAGGAACGGGAAGCGGCCAAGGAGCUGUUCAAAAGCAAGAAGGGUAAAGAGCUGCAGAGAGAGAUCAUGAGAAAGGCGAAGCUUGCGAUGCCGGCAGUGGAUAAACCGAUGGUUCAAAAUGCGACGACAGCCGACAUUCAGAGGAUCAAAGAAGCCAUCAAGCGGGCCACGAAUUUGCACGAGGUGGAACGGUUAACCAGGAUGCUGCAGUCGGGGCAAAUAACGGGCGAUUUCAACUUCAAUGGUCAUAUGAUGGAAACCGAUUAAUGGCGCAUUCGCUAAUCGGAAAAAUAAGGUUGAUUUGUUUCCUAUUUUAACAAAUUUACAAAUAAGAACAGAUACAGAUACACAUGAAAAUUAAAAGCUUUGUAGAGGUCGAGAGAGCUGAAAUAAAAACAUUUCUAUGAGUUACUUA